CGGAGCGUAAAAAUGCAGCUGAUGUGGAGGAUGGCCGGGCGGGCAUUGGACCAGCGCUGAACCCGGUGCUCCAUGAAGCGGGAUCAGACCGAGCCUUCGCGCCGACAGCCCGAGCAGGGACGGGAAUACGCGUUUUAAAGCGUAACAUGAAGAGGAAUGGCAGCCGAGGCUGCGUGACCCGGAAGACACGGUUUGGCUCUCGCGAGCGGGACUGGCUGAAGGGUGAUGCUCAGCGAGGCUGCGUGUGUCUCUACGGGGCUUCAGAGCCUCAGGCCCCUGCAUCGGGCCCCCAGACAACCUCCACCGCCCAGCCGGACCUGAAACUGGUCCUCUGCUCGACCAACACCACCAUUGAGGAGCUCUGUGCUCAAAGAGAUGUUCAGGGUCUCUACCUGCAGCUCCACGGAGACUUAAUCAGGAGGCUGGACCCCUCCGAGCGUCCUCUUCAAAUGGUCUAUGACUAUCUGACUGCCAUGGGUUAUGAAGACCCACUCCGAGUACAGCAGGAAGCUGCCAACUCAGACCUCAGCUGCAUGAUCCGAUUUUACAGUGAGAAACCAGUUAAUGCUGACCAGCAAGAGCGGACUCUUCUGAAGGGUGUGUUCAGUGUCCGGAAGGGGAAGACACAGCUCCAUAAAUGGGCAGAGCGGCAGGUCAUCCUGUGCGGGACUUGUCUUAUUGUGGCCUCUGUCAAGGACAGUCUGACCGGCAAGAUGCAUAUCCUGCCCCUGGUCGGGGGGAAGGUCGAGGAGGUGAAGAGGAGGCAGCACUGUCUGAUUUUUAGCUCCGCUGGCCCACAGGCCCAGACCUACUACGUUAAUUUUGACACGCUGGCCGACUACCAGCGCUGGCAUCGGCAAGCUUCUAAAGUGGUGUCUCAGAUGAUAAGUCUUGUGGAUUUAUCCUGCUACAGUCUGGAGGAAAUGCCAGAGUAUCUCUUCUACUGCCAGGAUGUCACGCACCUCAACCUACGCCACAACUUCAUGAGGCUGGAUGGCCCUGGAGGACUCAUCAACUUCAACAGAUUUGCACAGCUGAGGAGCUUAAAUCUUUCUCACAAUGGGCUGGGCGUGUUCCCGGAAUCAGUGUGUGAGAUCCAGACGUUGACGGAGCUCUAUCUCUCCUGCAACGGUCUCAGUGCCGUCCCUUCCCACAUUGGCAACCUUCAGAGUUUACAGACUCUGUUUCUGGAUGGAAAUCGGUUGGAUUCUCUACCGGAGGAGCUGGGCAGCCUCGUGCAGCUAUGCAGCUUGGGACUUUCUUUCAAUGAUUUCCCUCACAUACCCUGUGUGGUGGAGAAGCUCUGUGCUGUGGACAAGUUAACGAUGGCUGGGAACAGAGUGGAGACCCUGGAUCUGUGCAGCCUGCUUCAAAUGACUCACAUUAAGAGUAUUGAUUUACGGUUAAAUGGCCUCCGCUGUGUUAAAAGUGAAACUCUGGAGCCCUUAAAACAUCUCGCCCAACUGGACCUGAGAGACAACCAACUGACCUCUCUGGACUUGAGCUCUGCCUGCAAUCUGGAGACCCUGCAGUGUCAGAGAAACCAGCUUGGUGCCCUCACGCUCAGCGGCUUCACUCUACGCACGCUCCACUCCAAUAACAACCGUCUGACCACAGUGAACAUUUACCCUGUUCCCAGCCAACUAACACAUAUGGACCUAUCAAGGAAUCUCCUGGAAUACCUGCCGGACUGGGUGUGUGACAGCAGGAAGAUUGAGGUGUUGGACGUCUCCCGUAAUCUGCUGUCUGCUCUCCCAGCCAGACUACUUAGCAGUCUGAGUCUCCGUAAACUGCUGGCAGGCAACAAUAGAUUGGAGAGACUGCCUGACCUGCUCGACCACAUACCGCUGGAAACACUUGACCUGCAGCACAACAAGUUAAAAGAACUGCCAGAGAGCUUCUUCUACAAGGCCUUAAAUUUAAAGUAUCUGAAUGUGUCCGCCAAUGCACUGGAGACAAUCCCGCCAAGCAGCCAAUCAGAAGAGAGCCUCAGCACCCUGCAAGAGCUCUAUCUCACAGGAAAUAACCUGAAUGAAAACAGCGCUGCUCUACUGGUUGGGCACCAGCACCUGCGUGUCUUGCAUAUGGCUUAUAACCAACUGCUGUCCUUUCCCGCUAGCAAACUCAGUAAACUGGAGGUGUUGGAGGAAUUGAAUCUGAGUGGGAACAAGCUGAAAACGAUCCCCUCCACUGUGUCCAGCUGUAAGAGACUUCACACCCUCAUUGCCCACUCCAACCAUAUCAGUGUGUUCCCUGAGGUCCUCAGCCUGCCCGAGAUCAAGCUAGUGGAUGUGAGCUGUAAUGAACAGACAGAAAUCCUGUUGCCGGACUCUCUGCCCUCCACACUGCAAGAGCUGGACCUCACCGGCAACAGUAGCCUCAUACUGGAGCAUAAAACCCUCAACCUCUUCAGUAAUAUAAGUACUUUGAAGCUGGACCAGAAGCCAGCUGUGACCACAGGAGAUGCUCAGGGCUCGCCCCCCCUGUGGGAUCACGGCUAUGCUGAGAUGUGUGGUCAAAGAAACAAGUUGUGUGUGUCUGUGCUGGCUGUGGAUCGCUUCGGGGACAGUCAGGAGGCUGCUUACGGGAUUUUUGAUGGGGAUCGUAAUGAGGAAAUUUCCAGGCUUCUGCAGUGCACCAUGGGAGAUGUAUUGGCAGAGGAAAUACAGCACUCCGGUGUGGACAGUGUGUACAUGUGCAACACUUUCCUAACCUCUCAUAGGAAACUUGGUAUGGCAGGCCAGAAGCUCGGUGCUUCUGCUCUGCUCUGCUACAUCCAUCGUGAGUCCUCCGAACUGGGCAGCUACUUCAGCCUCACUGUGGCCAAUGUUGGUACCUGUCAGGCUGUGCUGUGUCGUAAUGGGCAACCUCUCGCCCUGUCAAAGGUUUUCAGCCUAGAACAGAGUGCUGAGGAGAUGGAGCGUAUCAAAAUGGCUAAAGCUAUCAUCACUGAGGACAACAAGGUGAGUGGGGUGACAUGCUGCUCGCGGUUACUUGGCUGUUCCUACCUUUUUCCUUGGGUGCUUCCCAAACCCUGGGUGCACACCAAGCCUCUGUGUUCCCAAGAUGAGUUCCUGAUCCUUGGAAACAAAGCACUCUUCCAGAAGGUCUCGUACCAGGAGGCAGUGAGCACUGUGCUUGCCGUCAGAGAACCCCGCGCUGCUGCCAAAAAGCUAUGCACGCUGGCGCAGAGCUAUGGGUGUCGGGAUAAUGUUGGAGCUGUAGUAGUAGCUUUGCAUAUUGGGGAAGACAGCUGUACGUGCGAGCCUUCUUUCUUGACCACAGAUACCCGAGGACCACCUGCUCUGACACCUUUACCAAUUUCUGUGUCCCCUGCUGAUCCAGCCACCCCGUCAUCCAGCUGUGGUAUUGCCUCAGAGUUGAACAGCGAGAUGUCGGCCUCGGAAGUGGGCAGCGAGGCUGGGUCCACGGCCUCGGAUGAGCACCCCUCUUCAGGGCCAAAUGCACGUCCAGAACGUCGUUGUAGUCUGCACCCUCUUACGUUGUGUAACACGGGGCCACUGACGAGCCUGGGGCCUGGGACUCACACAGCUCUCUUUCAACGGCAACCUUCCAGUGCCACCUUCUCUAGCAACCAGUCUGAUAAUGGGCUGGACAGUGAUGACGAGGCUCCCCUAGAGGGUGUCAUCUCAAACGGGAGUAAACUCGAAGUGGAGGUGGAUAUUCAUUGCUGUGCUUUCCAGCUGCGCUCUGGACCACCUGAAAGCCCUAAAGACCAGGACGGCCGUCAUGACUCUCGGGGAUCGGACUAUCCCAACAACAAAAUGCGCCGACAAAACAGUGUGGUGGUUUCGGCCACCAACGGUUGCUUGUUGGCGGUGUGUGGUCGAGAGAUCUCUGAUCUGAAGAAGUCCCCAUCCACCUCCAGCCUCUUUGGGAAAAAGCUCUCCAAUGGCUCCGUAGUUGCUCUGGAGGAAAGCCACAACAUCAUUGAAGUAGCACUCGAGGCACCCAAAAAGAAAUCAGGAUAUUUUGCUGCACCAGCACAGCAAGACCCGGAAGACCAGUUGAUUAUACCCCCUAGUCUGGAACAGGAUGUUAGAGAGCAGCUGAGAGGCCAGAGCCCUGUAGUUCCAGGGCCACCACCUGCUUCAACACCUCCCUCAGCAAGAGACCCAAACUGGGACCACCCUAACCCAGUCGUCUCUGGUCUCCAUCCCACCAUCAUCCUGAAACAGGACGUAUACGACACAGCUCUGUAG